GGCUGGGGAGCAGAGAGAGGGGGCGUGCACGGGCGGCGGGAGCGAGCAUGUCCACAGCCAGAGCUAAGAAAGUGAAGAUGGCCACCAAGUCCUGCCCGCAGUGCGACCAACAGGUUCCAGUUGCCUGUAAGUCGUGCCCUUGUGGAUAUAUAUUUAUAAGCCGAAAACUUUUACAUGCAAGACAGUCGGAAAGACUGCCUCAAGCAUCAGAAAACAGAUCUGACCCCAAACGGCGUAGAACUGAGAGAAUUAAAAGAGAGAGAAUAAAUGCAACCGUAAAUAAAGAGCUGGAAAACAGGAAACGAUCGAGAACCAACAGCCAGAGUGAGGCAGCACGGCGAGGCCGAGGGAGGCCCAAAGCCACGUCUACCAAGAAGCAAGAGGAGGAAAAGGGUAGAGGUUUAAAUCAUUUCAUGCCUGAAAAGCAAGAGAAGGAGAUCGAUAUGUACGCCAACCUAUCCGAUGAAAAGGCGUUUGUGUUUUCUGUGGCUCUUGCAGAAAUCAACAGGAAAAUUAUCAAUCAAAGGCUUAUACUUUGACCAAGGUCGGGGUCAAGGUUACUCAUGGGCUGUAUCAGCAAUGCGCAGCAAUCAAAGACUCUGCUAUUCCGUGCGUUCACUGAGAAUCUGAUCCUACACUAAAGACUGUCUGUUUUUGUUAUUUCUAUUUAAUUUUUUAUUUUUUUUACCAAGCGUGGUAGCAAUACUAUAAUCUUUUAGGCCCAAGGAAGCUUUUACGUAAAAAAAACAAACAAAAAAAAAAACAUGAUUUUAAUCCUUUUUAGAAGAGGAAUUCAUUCUGGGAACUAGCCAGAGUGUCUGUAUUUAAAGCGCUUCAAAACAAAAUAAGUAUAAAAUAUCGCUUUUUUUUUUUUUUUUAAAUUAAGAGGAAAUAAAAUUUAACUCUGACACAUGUACAGUUUAUAUAAUCUUUAUAUAUUAAACCGGUGCUAAAAUCCAA